AUGGAUGCAUGUUAUAUGCUCAAAGAUUUUGAUGCAUACGAAAGAGAUGGUACAGAAGUGGCCUUGCAAAGCUUUUCAGUUUUUGCUAGAGGUGAUGAUUUGUGCCGUGGCCUUGUCAGCAAAGGACAAGCAGGUGCUUGUUUAUUCGGCCAGCACAUGGGUAUUCAAGGUGCCAAUGUCAGUUUUGGAUAUUACUUAACAGAGUUCAAGGUAAAAAAUGAAGUGAAUAAAUUGUACAAACUGCUUGAAAUAGACAUUGAUGGUGUUUUCAAGUCUCUGCUAUUGCUGAAGAAAAAGAAAUAUGCUGCUCUAGUUGUCGAACCAACAUCCGAUGGGAAUUACAUCACCAAGCAGGAACUGAAAGGAUUGGAUAUAGUUAGAAGGGACUGGUGUGAUCUUGCCAAGGACACUGGAAACUUUGUCAUUGGCCAGAUUCUUUCUGAUCAAAGCCGGGACACCAUUGUGGAAAACAUUCAGAAGAGGUUAAUAGAAAUUGGAGAAAAUGUGCUAAACGGCAGUGUCCCAGUGAGCCAGUUUGAAAUUAACAAGGCAUUGACAAAGGAUCCCCAGGAUUACCCUGAUAAAAAAAGUCUACCUCAUGUACAUGUUGCACUGUGGAUAAAUUCUCAAGGAGGCAGGAAGGUGAAAGCUGGCGAUACAGUGUCAUAUGUUAUCUGUCAGGAUGGGUCAAACCUCCCUGCAACUCAGAGGGCCUAUGCACCCGAGCAAUUGCAGAAACAGGACAAUUUAGCCAUCGACACCCAGUACUACUUGGCCCAGCAGAUCCACCCUGUUGUGGCUCGAAUCUGUGAGCCAAUAGAUGGAAUUGAUGCUGUACUCAUUGCAUUAUGGCUAGGACUUGACUCCACUCAAUUUAGAGUUCAUCAGUAUCACAAAGAUGAAGAGAAUGAUGCUCUCCUUGGUGGUCCAGCACAGCUAACUGAUGAAGAGAAAUACAAGGAUUGUGAAAAUUCAAAUGCCUUUGUCCUUCAUGUGGAACUGAAAAUAUUUAUGAUAAUGUCUUUGAAGGCUCAGGAAUGGAUAUGGAGCCCAGCUUGAAUCGUUGCAGUAAUAUUGAUUGUAAGGCUUCACCAGCGACCUUUAUGGUACAGUUGAGCAACAAAUUGAUCACGGACAUUAGACGUUGCAUUAAAAAGUACUAUGAUGGCUGGUUGAUGUGUGAGGAGCCAACUUGUGGCAAUCGCAUUCGCCGUCUUCCCCUUCAUUUCUCCCGAAAUGGGCCUCUGUGUCCAGCCUGCAUGAAAGCUGUGCUCAGACCAGAGUAUUCUGACAAGUCCCUGUACACCCAGCUGUGCUUUUACCGGUACAUUUUUGAUGCGGACUGUGCACUGGAAAAACUUCCUGAACACGAGAAAGAUAAAUUGAAGAAGCAGUUUUUCACUCCCAGAGUUCUUCAGGACUACAGAAAAGUCAAGAACAUAGCAGAACACUUCUUGUCCUGGAGCGGCUACUCUGAAGUAAACCUCAGCAAGCUCUUCGCCAAUUAUGCUGGGAAGAACUGAGCGAGCCAGGAGCAAGCACGGAGGCCAGGUGCUGAAUGUGAGCUUCUGAGGCCGCCACCUGCCCUAACUGCUUCACCAGUAGCUUGCUUUUCUUUUGACGAUUGCAUGCUGUGUUGAUGUAGAUGUGGACCAGGAUGGGAGUGUAAAAAUACUUAACUUGCCAAAUAGUUUUCAUAGUACUAUGCACAACCAAACCCUUUCCUAAGUACCCAAAGACCUAUUAUCUUAUUGGGGACUGGAUUUCUGCAGAGCAGAAAUUAAUACUUUAAUUGAGAGUACCUGAGACAUAAGUGACCUUCAUUUUACCCUGGGGCUGUAUCAGAGACACCCCUAAAAGAGUUCUAUGGGGUUUAGUGGAGGUCCUAACAUUUUGCUUUUUCACAUGUCAAUUAAACCCAGACUGUGUCCAAAUACUUGUUCAGCUACUGGCUACAAGCUUGGCUGAUUUCAGCGCUGUCUUUCAUAUAAGUGGUGCAGGUGGCGGGGGGAGGUGGGUGGUGAUGGUGGAGGGAUUUAGAAAGUUUGCACUUCCUAAAUACAAAGAGCAAGUUCGCUUAUUGAAUUUUUCAGAGUUCAACACUGACCAGAUGUUUCAUAUGCACAUUCCUUAUGUUGUCCCUUUACAUAGAAUGUUCAAAGUGGAGGUUUAUACAAUAGGAAAGCAUAUUUUAAAUACUUUGUCCUGACAUUUCACAAAAAUUAUGGCGGGGCUCUGGUGGGAGGCAGCUGACAGGACCCAGUGCUUGCUGUUUCAUCAGUUCUUCAUAACAGUGCUCACUUUGAAGCCAUAAACUCUAUUUUAAUACCUUAAAGACUUAUCUAUAUGUCUUUUUAUAAAGAAAAAAAUGAUUGUGUUCUGUGCUUAAGAAUAAAGUUUUCUAAAGGAAACCCA